AUGUCAUCAUAUGAAAAAUUACCAUUAGAACCAUUCUUUGAAGCAAUUGAAGAAUUGAAACCAAAAUUCAUUGAAAGAAUCACUAAGGCUGUUUCAAUUCCAUCAGUUUCAUCAGAUGAAACUUUACGUCCAAAAGUUGUUGAAAUGGCACAUUUCUUGGUUGAUGAAAUGAAACAAUUAGGAUUUGAAGAUAUUCAAUUAAAGGAAUUAGGUAUUCAACCACCACCUGUUUCUGAUCCAAAUUUAAAAUUACCACCUAUUGUUUUAGGCAGAUUUGGUCAAGAUCCAAAAAAGAAAAAUGUUUUAGUUUAUGGACAUUAUGAUGUUCAACCUGCUUUGAAAGAAGAUGGUUGGACUAGUGAACCAUUUGAAUUGUAUCAAGAUAAAGCUAAAGAUAUUUUAUAUGGUAGAGGUGUUACUGAUGAUAAAGGUCCAGUUGUUGGUUGGUUGAAUGUUAUUGAAGCUCACAAUAAAUUAGGCUGGGAAUUGCCAGUUAACUUGAUUGUUUGUUUCGAAGGUAUGGAAGAAAGUGGGUCCUUAGGAUUGGAUGAAUUGGUUGCUAAAGAAGCCAAUGAAUAUUUCAAAGGAGUUGACCAAGUUACAAUUUCUGAUAACUACUGGUUGGGUACUAAGAAACCAGUUUUAACUUAUGGUUUAAGAGGAUGUAACUAUUACCAAAUUAUCAUUGAAGGUCCUGGAGCUGAUUUACACAGUGGUAUCUUUGGUGGUAUCAUUGCUGAACCAAUGACUGAUUUAAUCAAAGUUAUGUCUAAUUUGGUUGAUUCUAAAGGUAAGAUUUUGAUUCCUGGAGUUUAUGAUAUGGUUGCUCCAUUAACUGAUAAAGAAAAUGAAUUGUACGAUGCUAUUGACUUUUCUGUUGAAGAAUUAAAUGCUGCCAGUGGUUCAGAAACUUCAUUGCAUGACAACAAACAAGAUAUUUUGAAACACAGAUGGAGAUUCCCAUCUUUAUCUUUGCACGGUAUCGAAGGUGCCUUUUCUGGUGCUGGUGCCAAGACUGUCAUUCCAGCUAAAGUUGUUGGUAAAUUCUCGAUUAGAACUGUCCCAGAUAUCGAUUCUGGUAAAUUAGAUCAAUUGGUUUUCAAAUACAUUACUGCCGAAUUUGAAAAAUUGAACUCACCAAACAAAUUCAAAGUUGAAUUGAUCCAUGAUGGUAACUACUGGGUUUCUGAUCCAUUCAAUGAAAGUUUCACAGCUGCAUCUAAAGCCACCCAAGAUGUUUGGGGUGUUGUUCCAGAUUUCACCAGAGAAGGUGGAUCUAUUCCAAUCACUUUAACUUUUGAAAAAGAAUUGGGUGUUGAUGUUUUACUUUUGCCAAUGGGUAGAGGUGAUGACGGUGCCCAUUCUAUUAAUGAAAAAUUGGAUGUCAGUAACUAUAUCAACGGUUGUAAAACUUUGGGUAGUUACUUACAUUAUUAUGCUAAAGCUUAA